AGGUUCCCCCGCCAUGGAGAAGUUCGGGAUGAACUUCGGGGGCGGCCCCAGCAGGAAGGAGCUGCUGGAGACCAUCGAGACGCAGAAGCAGCAGCUCCUGCGCUUCCAGGCGCGCCUCAAGGACGUCGUCCGCGCCUACAAGAGCCUGCUGAAGGAGAAGGAGGCGCUGGAAGCCAGCCUCAAGGCGCUCUCCGUGUCCCACGACGGGGAGCUGCCCGUGCCCCCGCCCGCAGCCGCGGACUCCCCGGACGACCGGAGCUCGGAGCACAGCGAGGACAGCGCGGGCACGGCCGCCAGCGUGGACACCGCGGCCGGCCCGCCCGGGGGGGACGAGGAGGACAAACCCGCGGGCGGCCCCUCCCUGAGGGCCGAGGAGCCGAGCGGCGCCGAGGGCGGGGAGCCAAGCGCCGGCGAGCCCGAGCGGCGGCUGCAGCAGCUGAAGGCACAGCUGGCCACGCUGACGGGCGCGCUGGCCACCGUGACGCAGGAGAAGUCGCGCAUGGAGGCCUCGUACCAGGCGGAGCGGCGGCAGAUGAAGCAGGAGCUGGAGGAGGCGGCGGCGCGGGCGCGGGCCGAGGCCGAGCGACUGCAGGAGCUGCAGGAGCAGCUGGCCCAGACCCGCGGCCGCCUCCUGGAGCAGCAGCGCGAGCGGGAGCGCGAGCAGGGCGACCACGGGCUGAUGCUGCGCGAGCUGCAGGAGCUGCUGCGCGCCGAGCGCGACGGGCGCCGCGCCGCCGAGCGGGAGCUGCAGCGGGCCCGGGAGGCGCUGGCCGGCACCGCCGAGCAGGGCCGCGAGCAGCAGGCGCGGCAGCUGAGCCAGGAGCUGGAGGAGCUGCGCAGGGAACUGCAGGGCGUGCGCGAGGAGAGCGGCAGGGCUGACCCGCGGAUCCAGGAGCUGCAGGAGGAGAUGGCCGGCCUCAAGAACCACUUCCAGCUGCAGCUGGUGCAGGAGAUGAAGAAGACAGCCCAGGCCGAGGAGCAGCUCCGGCAGCGCUCGCAGCGGGAGGAGCGGCGCGUGGCCGAGCUGGAGGCCCAGGUGUCCCAGGUGUCCGAGCUGCUGGGCACCUACGAGAAGGCCAAGCAGAGGGACCAGGCCACCAUCCAGAGGCUCAAGGAUCGCGUCGUGCAGCUGGACCUGGAGAACAAGACCUUGGCCAUCGCCGCCUCCAGCCGCUCCCUGGGCGAGGUGGCCGUGGAGGAGGCCACCCUGGACGUGAGCGCGCUCAAGGAGAAGAUGGAGAAGCUGCGGAAACUCCUGCAGGCGGCGGCCGGGAAGGGCGCGGAGGCGGAGGAGCCGCGGGAGCCGGAGCCGGCCCCGAGCGGCGGGGACGGGAACGGGGACAAGGCCCCGGGCGGGCGCUGCCAGCAGGAGCUCGGGCAGCUCAAGGAGGAGUUCGAGCGCUACAAGGUGAGGGCGCAGCAGGUGCUCAAGAGCAAGGCCAGCAAGGACGUGGGGCUGGCCAAGGAGCUGGAGGAGGCGCGGGAGCGGCUGGCGGAGCUCCAGGACAAGCACGUGCUGCUGCAGCUGGCCGCGGACGACGCGGAGGAGCGGCACCGGCAGGAGCUGGCGGCCCGGAAGCGGGAGCUGUCCCAGCUGCAGCAGCUGCACCGGCAGGAGCUGGAGCGGUGCCAGCUGCAGUUCCGGGAGCGGGCGCUGCGCCUGGAGGAGGAGAUGCACAAGCAGCGCGACCGGGCGCUGGCCGUGCUGGCCGAGAAGGACCGGGAGCUGGAGCAGCUCCGCGCCCUCGCGCUGCCCCACGGCCCCAAGGGCUCCCGGGAGGGCGGGCCCGGCCCCGGGGACGCUCCCGGCCGGGACUCCUCGGAGAUCCUGCCGCAGGAGCUGCAGCCGUGCUCCGGCUCCGAGCCCACCUUCUUCCUGUACGCGGAGCAGCUGGCGCGCAAGGAGGUGGAGAUCGCGGCGCUGCGCAAGCACCGGCACCGGCUGGAGGUGCAGCUGCACCAGCUGCAGGGCAGGGCCCUGGCCGAGGAGGACCGGCACCGCGAGGAGGUGGCGGCGCUGCGGGACGAGAUCCAGAAGAGCUGCCGCGAUAGGAGCAGGGAAGGAGCCAACCUGGAGUACCUGAAGAACGUGGUGUACCGGUUCCUGACGCUGCCGGACGCGCGGGGCCGCCAGCAGACGCUCACGGCCAUCCUGGCCGUCCUGCACUUCAGCCCCGAGGAGAAGCUGAGCAUCGCCAAGAGCUCGGCCCACGGCUCCUGGUGGCCCCACGGGAAGAGAUGAGGGCUGGGUUUUAUUCCCUUUGCCGUAAGAGCUCUUUCCCGAGGACUGACCGAAACCUCGUCCCAG